UAAAAGAAUGCAAUCAUAUCAUCAAUGUUUUGUUAUGACGUCACGUUAAACUAUCGUCCGUAAACCGACUUUCAAGACAACCAAUUUUUUUUUAUAAAACAUAGUCUUGAAAUUUAACAACCCUGUUUCAGUCACUCCUUUGGAAGUGCACGGAAUGCCCACCGCCCCCCCCCCCCCCGCGAGGGCUUCUUAAUUCCAAAGGAGCCCGGACUCCACUGACCCCCCCCCCCCCCCGGGUAACAACGCCUAUGAUCACACCACUUCAACAAGUGCCAAUGCUAUGUCCUAUGCCAUGUCAUACCAAAAUUAGAAAUUAUCACGGAAGCUAUUUUGCAAGCAGUAGCGAAAUAUUUGAAAUUUCAAGAUGGUAAAGCCUUAUCUCCCUUAACGUGCCACAUUCAUGUAGCGAGGGUCACAUGUUCGAUACUCGGAACGACUUGACUUCAAGUGUUUUUGUUUCCUAACCUAACUUAAACUAAGUGUAUUUUUGUGGGAGGGUUCUGGGUCAGGGAAGACUCUAGGUGCGUCCCAGGCCGAAGCCUAUACGCCUAGUCAUGCUGAGUUUAAGCCAUGCACGAAAGGUAGCAUGCAUCGUGUGCUGUGUUCGGGGAUUCGCCAGCCAUGGCAGCGAUUGUUGCCAUGACUAACUCCUAUAACUUAGAGCUAGAUUAUAACAAAGGGAAAACCCUGUACUCACUCAUGCAGGGUUAAACAGAGCAAGCACUAAGCAGGCAGGUUCAGCACAGGACGAGAAGGAUGGUCCAGGAAGAAGAGUUAGAGUCAGAAAGUUCCAACAAUGCUGGGGUCGGGGGCUUGGACCUUGCGAUCCGCACUGGUGCUAGGGCGCGUCAGGUUUGGUACCAGUGGCGCAUGCGCCCCUGGCGGUGAGAGACUUUAUUUGUGAGAUCCGGAAAAAUUCGUGUUUUCAAUGACCUCUAGGAUAAACUCAAUUGUCCUAUGCAUACUCGACCAAAUGUCACUUGUUCAUUGGCUGCUGACUUGUGAGACAUCUCAACUGGGUUCCUCGUGAUUCGAUACUUCUUUGUCUCAGCGUCUCUCAUUAGCCCAGAGUCCUCCAGAUAAACCGUGAGCCAGUAGCAGAACUAUCAUUUGAAUUUUAACCUAUCGCGAAAUGAAUUCGCGAAUUUUACCGGUCUCUAUUCAUUAGUCGUCCUUCAGGCUGCCAGUCAGCACGUGUGCGUCAAAACUACAGGAAAAUAAGACGGCAUUGAGCGCAUAUUAACAAUAAUCAUUGUAAGUUAAAUUACGUCAAUUAAUCACAUCGGGUCUCGCUCCAGAAGGGACAGAGCCAGAAGAGAGCUUCCAAAAAGCGCGACAUGAAAACCUAACCUCUACACUUCCACGGAGGAGCGAAGCCAUGCUGCGUGCGAACAUCCUUGCCUAGGACGCCAAUUACCCCGCUUUGGUGAAGGAGGGUGGAGGGGGAAACCCGGGUUACGUAACGAGGCGGGCUCGGGCGACUCCGCGCCCGCUCGGGUGUGUCCGCGGUCGCUCGGGCGUGUCCGUGGGCGGCGAUGAGCUGGAACAGCAGCGCGCGGGUCCCCUGCCCGCUCGAGUGUGAAGCAGGCGGCGCGCGCAGCAGGAGCUAGCCACGCCGCGGGUGGGAAGUGUCGGCUGUCUCGGGGUUGGAUUGUUGUUGGCGGGACGACGCGACGUUUGCAGUUCCGACUCCCGUCGCCAGGCGUCGGCGAGAAGCGACGGACUCGCCUGCUUGCGCACCGCUGAACCCGGCCCGAGUUGACCUUCGCAGCUGAAUAUCCUGAGUGACCCGUGCGAGGUGUGCCUGAGAGGGCACGACAGUCCACCGGGAGCCACGGUGAUAGAGACAGCCCCGGCGGCACCGAUGCUCGACGGAGGGCGGCCAUGAGGGAGUCCCUGAGGGCCCGGGCGCCGGGGGCGGCGCCGGGGCUGGUGGCGGUCUGCCCCCCGGAGGAGGCGCUGGCGUCGCGCUCCAGCAACAACAACAACCCCUCCUCGUCGUCGUCCACGUGCUCGGCGUCGUCGUCGGGGGUCGCGGGCCGCCAGCACUCCACCAUGCCCACCUACAUGCCGCAGCACCCGCGCGCCGCGCGCCCCAUCGCCGUGCGCCACUCCGCCAGCCUCGACCUGCAGAGGAAGGACAAGGUGUCGGAGAAGCUGACGCCGCGCCAGUUCCUCGACAAGUACUCGCUGCCCCGCGUGGUGCGCGUGGUGUCGGAGCUGCCCGGGGGUGCGGGCCCGCUAGCCGGGCCCCUGCUGCUGUACCGCCACUACUCCAGCACCAAGGUGCAGGCCCGCAGCGUGGCUGGUGCCAAGGAGGUGGUCGCCGUGGGACCGGCGCUCGUCAUCCCCGACUGCUACCAGGGCUGGUUCUCCCUGGUGACAGCCAAGGGACAGCUGACGGCGCAGUGCUACUCCUGCCUGGAGCAACUGGUGGCCAACCACGUGACGGCAUUCCUCACCAAGCUGGAGCUGGCCGCCUACAAGCUCAACGACGGCAAAGACGCGCUGCACAAGGACGCCGGGCUGUCGCGGCGCCGGCUGCAGUACGCCAAGACGACGCUGGGCGCCGGCCAGGUGGUGCGGCUCGUCGGCGUCUUCGAGGACGUGCACCGCGCCAGGGCGCCCCAGAGGCGGCUGUCGCUGGCGUCCCUCGGCCGCGCCCAGGCGCCCGCCAAGUACGCGCAGUGCGUCAACCACAAGAACCAGAUCGUGUUCAUCCCGCUGAGCACGACGGGCCAGUUCUAUGCCGUGAGCUGCGGGCCGGAUGAGCCCGACGACCUCCGCAUGCUGUACCAGGUGCCGCAGCUGCUGGCCGACUACCGCCUGCCGCUCAAGGUGCACCUGGUGUCGGGCGCCCUUCCCGCGCCGCGCCCGCAGGCCUUCACAGGGACGCUGCUUCUGGAGCACUACCAGGAGGAGGACGUGAUCCUGGUGUGUACGCUGCCCCAAGACCUUACCACUAGGCCCAGCGGCGCGACGCAGCCCCAGCUGCUGGAGAUGGACGCCGACUCCCGCUUCCUGCUCUCCAGGCCCUUGUUCCACCAUGACUCCGAGUCGCGCCUCUUCAAGUCGCAGGUCCUGCAGGCGGCGCUGUGCUUCUGCCGCGACCGCGGCGACGCGUGGCGCCGCCAGAUCAAGGUCACGCACCACAUCUUCCCUCCCUCGACGAUCCAACAGCCCAAGAAGGCGCCCCGGGACCGCUCCAAGUCGCGCACCAUCACCAAGAAGUCCUCAUCCUUCAUGUACACGCCCAAGCCGCACGGAGAUGUGCCUACCAUGUCGGGCCCACCGUGCGAACUGCUGGGUGUCGUCGCGUACGGGUCGGGUGACGCGCGCGCCAUCUCUGGAGGCAGCGCGGAGCUGCUGCGCCCAGGCGACGCGCGCGCCAUCUCUGGAGGCAGCGCGGAGCUGCUGCGCCCAGGCGACGCGCGCGCCAUCUCUGGAGGAAGCAUGGAACCGCUCCGCCCGGGCGACGCGCGCGCCAUCUCGCCGCUGGAGAGGACGCUGAGCGACCCGCGCGCCAUCUCCCUGUUGGCGCGCGAACCGCUAGGCCGCGCGCUCAGCGACGAGCAGCUGCUGCGCACCCAGAGGUCGCGCCAGCAGCAGGAGAAGCUGCGGCAGCACUCGUCGGUGAUCAGCGCGCUGACGCGGCAGCUGCGGCAGGCGAGGCUGAUGGCGUCCGCCGCGGACAUCCAGAGCCGCGACCUGCCCGCCAUCUUGAAGACCCCGGGCGAGGAGAUCCCGUACGGCCGCGUGGCGGACGCCGUCUGCGGCCCGCCGGACCGCGAGGACGAGAACAUCUACGCAGAGAUCUGCGACAGCCCCGAGGUCAACACCCGGCCCGGCAACGUCAGCAACAGCAGCAGCAACAACAAGCACAAGUUCAAGUACCUGUGCCUGCGCUCGAAGACGAACGUCGACACGCCGACGGACGACUUCUACUACGUGCAGCUUGAAGGAGGGAACGAGGCCGCCUAUCUGAACGCAGUUGCCCGCCUCGACACUCUGACACAAGAGGAGGAACCCGCGUACGACACCGUUUGCUGAUGAUUGUGUGCGGCCAGGUCUGUCUCAGCAGGCAGUGCGUUCACGGAGACAUUCUUUGUCUUGACCCCGCGCAUUUUGCGAAACAAAUGGUCAGCGAACAUGUGAGUUCUGUAAAAAAAAAAAAUGCUACAGAAACUAACCAUAAAACUGGAAGUUGAAAACGUGUCAAUUUAAAUUCCAUUUGUCUGCAUUGGACAGCAAACGAACAGUUUCUUGCAACUUAAAAAAAAAAAUUGUGAACUGAAGAUUGUAAAUAUAAUAUAAAUUAGUAUUGAUUAUAUUUUUCUGCUGGUGCUCGAGCUGAACGAAUACUUGUUUACAGAAUAAAAAUUGAUGAUAAAUAAACAUUUAACGAUUGCAACAUUGCAUUAUGUGUUUUCAUUUUUUUGGGUCAUUUUCAAUAAUUCUUGUGCCAUGAUUCAUAAAAAAAUUAAAUGAACAAACAUUUAUCUAUUAUCAUGAUAAAAAAAAUUUUUACAGUCAUUAAACAUAAAGACAUUUUUAACUAACAUACUUCUAAAAUAAUGUUGUAAUAUUUUUUUUUUUUUGCCAGUGUUGAAGGUCUUAAUAGUUUGGUAUUAUUUCCAAUAUCAAUUAUUAUUGCAUACUCAAUACAGCAGACUUUACAAAUUUAAUUCCUAAAUCCCUCUGUGGUAUGUCUUAACAUGUUAUGUUUUAUUUUUGUGUACUUUCAUGAAAAGCUGACCCAUUUUUUAAUGCAAUUAUUCUGUAUUUUCAUAAAUUUGCUAUAUUGUAAGUAUUAUUACCUGUGCAUUUUCAUGAAAUGAGACAUUAAAAUCAGUUACUGAACUUAAAAAGUUUAAAGUUGUCUUAUUGCCUGAGUCUAAAGCUACAUACACACAUGUGAACUACAACAAACAU